UAAACAAAGAAUAAAAAAAAAAUAAACAUAAAAAUUGAAAGAAAAAAAUAUAUAUAUGUUGGUUUGGUUACACGUUAAAUAAAUUGGUUCACGAAAAGGGAUUACAUGAUGUAAAGAAAACAAAAAAAAAUUACCUGGACAAAGGACAAAAGAAGAGAAAGGGUGAAAAAGGGCUAAAGAAAGAGGAAGGAAGGACGGACGGAAGGUAGGAAGGAAGGAAGGAAGGGAAGGGAAGGUGUCAUGCACAAAAUGGGAACAGCGAAAUUCGUGCUAGGUAGUGCGAUUCUUGGACUAUUUUGGAGUUGUUUGCUGAUGAAAGGUGUCCUGACGAAUUCAACUAACAGGUGCGAUUAUUCGCCCUGUUCCUGCGAUCACUAUGGCAGGUUGACAUGCGACUGCAAAGAGGAUGGUGAGGAAUUGAUCCUGAGCACGGAAAGCGACAAGAAGUUGAGCCCACACACCAGUCGAAUAGUCGUGAACAAUUGUUCAUCAGUAAUAGUAACGAACUCAAGUUUGAUAUCGAUGAUCGGUCUAAGAUCGGUGGAUCUGGUGAACGUUGCGAAUCUCAGUUUGGUUCGACAUAGCUUCAAACUUUCGUCGCACAGUUCGCGCACAAGGAUAUCCGUUAGGAACUGCAGCAUCGACGUGCUGCCCAGUUUCGUGUUUGGUGGUGACGUUGAAGCUAUAAGCUUCGAAAACGUGAGGAUAGGUCAGUUGAGCGCAUUCGCUUUUGCGAAUCUCUUUCACACGGAUACCCUGAGGCUUGAGAAUUGUCAGAUCGAUAAUACGGAAGCUCAAUCGUUCAAGAAGUUCGACGUGGGAUAUUUGCACGUGAUAGGUGGUAGUUUUGGUGAACAAGUACCUAGUCGUACGAUGAACGACAUCGAGGUACACCACAAGUUCAUGUUGGACGGUAUCAAAAUGGGUAUUGUAAGAAGCGAAGCGUUUAUAGUUCGUAGUCCACGUACCGUUGCGAUUCAAAAUUGUUUAAUAGACAGUUUAGAAAGCGAAGCAUUUGAUGUAACGGCUCAAGGACCUGUAAUAAUAAAAAAUAAUACCUUUGGUAGUCUAGCCGUAGGCGCGUUUCUAGGUAUAAGAUCGGAUCCGGAAACUAGGCCACCACCGGCAUCAUCAUCAUCCGCUAAUCUUCAUGAUCUUAUAUUUAAGAACAACAGUAUGUCUAAUUUCGAGGAAGGAUCAUUGAUGUUUGAUCGUUCGAGUUUUCGUCCGGAAUUAGACGAUCUAUUGGUAAAACAAUCCUGCGAUUGUCAGAUGUUACCAUUGUGGAGGAACAACGUAUUAAAUUACACUAAUGUAUAUUCGAAAUUUUACAUGAGACAAAAUGCCGUGGUACCACCAAUUUUGUCAACCCAAGAUUCUAUAGAAACACCGGAAACAUUUCUAUUUUGUUAUGACGUUACCUCAACGACGAGUUUUACCGAUUACGAAAUGAGACAUUGUUCGUUAGGUGGAUCAAUGUUGAUAUUGAUUAUCAUCAUAGUAGGAAUUCUUGCGACGCUUAUAAUACUUGCGUGCCUGAUCGUCUGGUGUUACAAAAGACGACGUAACAACGAUAGAAAACGAUGGAUGAGCGUACCAACCAACGCACCUGACGUUGUAUCCAAGAAAAAUGGUGUCAUAGGAAGAGAAAUAGCAACGACCGGUGGUACACCAGUUGACAGCAGGAUAACUAUGGUCGUACCAGAUGGUAGACUUUACAGGGAAACCGAGUUUCACGUAAUCGUUGAAAAAGCUGAACCUUUGACCACGGAAUUGUAACGAGAAGCCACCUACGACUCGACGGGUUAUAUGAACGAUCGAAUUCAUCAUUUUGAGGAUCAUCAUCAAAGUGAAAUUGAACCGUCGGGUUCGUCGGCUAUCAAUACUACUACUAAUUCUAAUUCCUGUCGUUUUCGAGUGUACAAGCUUUGAUGAUACGAUAAAUAAAUUAUGAAGAAAACACACUUGCAAUUGCAACGAUGAUACAAAUUAAAAGACCAUAUAUAUAUAUAUAUAUAUAUAUAUAUAUUAAGCGUGGUGUUUGUGCGCGAAUUAUUCCUUUGCGUCUAAAAUGAUGUUAGGAAAAGAAAAACAAAACAAAACAAAAAAGUAUGGAACGUUUUUUGACAAACGCGAUUGUGUACACCUCCUUGCGGGUUCCUCAAAACAAUUCCUUUUGUUUUCACGUCAACCAUGCGUGUAUUAUAUGCGAUAAAAAAGAUAUCUUCUAAUAUAAUAUGUAUAAGUCGAUAAUAUAAUGAGAGAUGCGUUUAUGCGAUAUAAACAAAACAAAAAUGAUAACAAAUUAUAAACAACACACGUAUAAAGAAGUCCUGCGUGACUACUACAAUUACAUCCUAAAACGACGAACAACAAAAAGAAACCACCCCCCCCCUUCAUUCACUCAUGAAUUCAUUUAAAUCGAGUAAUCCUAUCUUAUUGAUACAAGACAAUUACCACUUUAAUGGCCGCUCAUACAACAAGCGUGUGAUGCUAGCGCCAAAAGUUGUUGGUAAGUAAAACACUCUCUGUUUGAUAAAUUUAUGAAUGUAAACAAGUGUGAAUAUUGAGAGUGGCUUCGUAUUUCAUCGCUACGUCUUUGAUUUUAGAGGUAAUUUAGUUUUAAUUUUAGAUUUAAUAUUACCAGUCACUGACAAUGUUGGACUGCAUCGAUGUGCGGCCAUUAAAGUGUUGAAAUCAUAAAACAACGAGUACCGAUUAUCCAUCCGAACGUGUCCUUGUUUCAUUUUGACCAAUUGUUUGAUACCUUCAACCCAAAGUUUUGAGUUCAACAUUUUGAAUUCUAUCGGUGACCGGAUAUAUUGGGUUGUCCGGAAAGUUUGUGCCGAUUUUCAAUAGAUGGCGUAAAGUUUGUUUUUUUUUUUGCUGAAAAACCUGAAAAGUUGUUUUUCAGGUUUUUAAGUUAGUCCAAAAAUUGUUGAAGUUACCUAUAAAGAUGGUGAGUGCGUUGCAUGUCAAUCUUCCGUCAAAAUAGGCACGAAAUUUACGGACAACCCAAUAUUUGGAUUUUUUGCAAUCCAAGUUCUUUUGUAUUAUUUAUUAAUAUUUUCGGCGUUAUUAAUUAAUGACACUUUAUUGUCCCACUUAUUGUUAUACUUUGAUUUUUUCUUUCUUUUUCCUUUCUUAUUUAACUUACUUACUUACUUUACUUACUUUGAGACGGUCACGUUCCUCUCAGCAGUUAAGAGAUUUCCGAUCGAGGUCACGAGGACGGUUAAUCGGUCGUCGUUGCUAGUUAAGUUUAUAUCGUUAGGUAGCUUUCAAGAGAAGAUGGCUGAUUAUCUACGAAGACGAAGAAGAAGAAGAAGAAGAAGAAGAACCACGUUCAAGUAGUACGAGAAAACACAAAGAUGAGUUUCUUCAUUUAGAAUUCUAUUCGUUCCUUUCAAAGGCACGAAUUCAUCCUAGCGGAAAAAGGAAGACAGAUAGAAGAAGUAGACGAACCUUUAAGAAUCUUCUUCGCAAACUUAAUCUCGUAAUUUUUCAUUUGAUUUUUAAUUCUAAAGCAACCC